GUAGUUUUCACUUUCAAUUUGCCUACUAUAAAGAAGUACAUAGUUCAUGUUCGCGCCAUAAUUUGAAUUGAUUUGAAUUUGCCAUAUGAAUUGCUAUAUCCAAUCGCUGACUUCUCUUUACAAGUAACGUUAAUGGCGCUAACUUCGGAUAUCGAUCUGAAAGCACUUGUCUGCAUUUGCAGUAGUUUACGAGAUAUACGUGUUCUGCUUAUCACAUUUACUUUUUUCUAAUAUUGCACAUUUUAUAAUUAGCUUUAUUUUGUAUAAAUUAAGUUUAAUUCUAAAACUGCCGUUAAUUAUAAGUUUUAUAUUUUGUGUUACAAGUACCCCACCCAUUUACACCCGUACGUGCCAAAAGUCUGUAAGAUGCGAAUACUUGCAUUUAUCGUGUUUAAUGUUUUCAGCAUUGUGAAUGGUCAGUUUCUAAAUUUAUUAAGUACAAAAAGGAAUCUUGUCGCAAACAGUACAGUAGUUAUGAGAACAUUUGAAGCAAAUCCAGAUACAAAACGACUUUAUGAUGAUUUAUUAUCAAAUUAUAAUAGACUUAUUCGACCAGUCAUUAAUAACACGGAGACUUUGACAGUAUGGCUGGGAUUAAAACUAUCACAACUCAUCGAGAUGAACCUGAAAAAUCAAGUGAUGAUAACUAAUGUCUGGGUAGAGCAGAGAUGGUUUGACUACAAAUUACAGUGGGAUCCAGAAGAAUAUGGUGGCGUUGAAAUGAUAUAUGUGCCUUCUGAAAAUAUAUGGCUCCCAGACAUUGUGUUAUAUAAUAAUGCUGAUGGAAAUUAUGAAGUAACACUUAUGACAAAAGCUACACUAAAAUAUACAGGUGAAGUGUUUUGGAAACCACCAGCCAUUUACAAAUCAUCCUGCGAAAUUAAUGUAGAAUAUUUCCCCUUUGAUGAACAAUCCUGUGUUAUGAAAUUUGGUUCAUGGACCUAUAAUGGAGCCCAGGUUGAUCUAAAGCAUAUGUUACAAGAAUCUGGUAGCAAUUUGGUAAAAAUUGGUAUAGAUCUGACUGAUUUUUAUUUAUCAGUUGAAUGGGAUAUUCUUGAAGUCCCUGCAGCUCGUAAUGAAGAAUACUAUCCUUGUUGCGAAGAACCAUAUUCUGAUAUUACCUUUAAUAUUACAAUGCGAAGGAAAACUUUGUUUUAUACUGUUAAUCUUAUAAUUCCAUGUGUGGGUAUCACUUUUCUUACGGUAUUAGUUUUCUAUCUUCCAAGUGAUUCUGGUGAAAAAGUCUCAUUAUGUUCUUCCAUUCUUCUGUCUUUGACCGUUUUCUUUUUACUAUUAGCUGAAAUAAUUCCACCAACUUCAUUGGCUAUACCUCUGCUUGGAAAAUAUUUAUUAUUUACAAUGAUAUUAGUGACUUUAUCUAUUUGGAUUACUGUAUGUGUUCUAAAUGUCUAUUUUAGAUCCCCCUCAACACACAGUAUGUCACCCUGGGUAAGACAAGUAUUUUUAAAUUGGAUGCCAACAAUUUUAAGGAUGCGUAGAACUCCAUAUACUCCUGAAAAUGAGGAUGAAUAUAUGGAUAGUGGAUAUACUAAUGAAAUUGAUUCUAGUGUGAGUGAUUAUCCACUAGAAUUGAAAGGCACAGAUGGAUUUGAAAAUGUCACAUCCACAUACAAAAAUAUAAGAGAGGAUGAUGCUAGAGAUAUUCCUCAUGCAUCUGUUACUGACAGUGAAAAUACGAUGUCCAGAUAUUUGUCUCCAGAUGUGAUAUCAGCCCUUAAAGGGAUUUCUUUUAUUGCACAACAUAUAAAAGAUGCAGAUAAAGACAAUGAAGUGAUAGAAGACUGGAAAUUUGUUGCAAUGGUUUUAGAUAGAUUCUUUCUAUGGGUAUUUACAUUAGCAUGUUUCUUUGGUACACUUAUUAUUAUAUGCCAAGCUCCCAGCUUAUAUGAUACAAGAGAAGCUGUGGACAAACGACUAUCUACAAUAUCAUUACGUAAAAUGCUUUUGCAACAUCCACCUCAACAUGAACUUUCUACUAAACUCUAAGAGACAUUAAAUUCUGAAUCAUAAUCUCAUUAACAUAAGAGUCAAUACAUAGAUAUGUAUUAACCAUAUUAUUAGUCUAAUCUAAAAAUGAAUAUUAAUUUAUAAAUA